AUGGAUGCUGGUGGGGUGAUUGCGGUUCUGUUCUGGUUCAAUUAUCGUGCAACACGCUAUAUGGUGGAGCAGGGAUAUUACAAUUUCCUGAAUUGGUUCGAUGAACGGGCCUGGUAUCCACUUGGACGUAUUGUCGGGGGCACGGUUUAUCCGGGUUUGAUGGUAACAUCCGGCCUAAUACACUAUACAUUAUCAGUCCUGAAUAUCCCGGUGCAUAUUCGCGAUAUUUGCAAGCAAGCUGACUGGUUGCCUGUCAUUGGUUUGACAGCAAUUGCCACAUAUUUGCUAACCAAAGAGCUCUGGUCACCAGGCGCCGGCUUAUUUGCUGCAUGUUUCAUUGCAAUAUCACCCGGUUACACCAGUCGUUCCGUUGCUGGCUCAUACGAUAAUGAGGGAAUCGCGAUUUUUGCUUUACAGUUCACGUAUUUUCUAUGGGUACGCUCGGUGAAAACGGGUUCGGUGUUCUGGGCCACUCUAACAGCACUAUCGUAUUUCUACAUGGUUUCGGCCUGGGGAGGCUACGUUUUCAUUAUCAAUCUAAUCCCGCUUCACGUCCUCACGCUCAUUCUCAUCGGUCGAUAUUGCGCAAAGCUCUACAUUGGGAUGGCUGAUUCGGGCGCGGUAUCAACUAGUAGCAGCAGCAGUAAAAUGCUUGCAGCAAAUUCGUUGGGUAUCACCAGCUUGCUGACUUUUGUCAUCCUCGUGCUGGCUUGGCUUGUUGGCUUCGCAUCACGCCUAUUCGCCAUUGUUCGCUUCGAAUCAAUCAUCCAUGAAUUCGAUCCAUGGCAAAGAAAAAAAAAAAUUUCCUUUGUUUCUGCUUUUUCAUCAUACUGUUACAGGUUCAAUUAUCGUGCAACACGCUAUAUGGUGGAGCAGGGAUAUUACAAUUUCCUGAAUUGGUUCGAUGAACGGGCCUGGUAUCCACUUGGACGUAUUGUCGGGGGCACGGUUUAUCCAGGUUUGAUGGUAACAUCCGGCUUAAUACACUAUACAUUAUCAGUCCUGAAUAUCCCGGUGCAUAUUCGCGAUAUUUGCUUCACCUACUUUCUAUGGGUACGCUCGGUGAAAACGGGUUCAGUGUUCUGGGCCACUCUAACAGCGCUAUCGUAUUUCUACAUGGUUUCGGCUUGGGGAGGCUACGUUUUCAUUAUCAAUCUAAUCCCGCUUCACGUCCUCACGCUCAUACUCAUCGGUCGAUAUUGCGCAAAGCUCUACAUUGCAUACACUACAUUUUAUGUGCUGGGACAGAUAAUGGCAAUGCAAGUACCAUUUGUCGGUUUUCAGCCGGUCAAAACUUCCGAACAUAUGGCUGCUGCUGGUGUCUUUGGCCUGUUACAGGUGAUUGCUGCACUGAAAUACGCUCAACGUCGUAUUUCAAGAAAACAAUUUAUAACGUUGUUUUUUGCUGGAGUCUCGCUGGCGUUUAUGCUAGGACUUGCUGCAAUUGUCCUUUUAACUUAUGCUGGUUAG